ACAGAAAGUGAAUGAUAGAUACGUGUACUGUGUUCUACAGGAUAACUGGGCACCGGAUUCCUAUGCCACUGAAUUAUGACCCCCAUACGCAGCUUAUUGGAGUCCGGCGAUUCUUUCCAAGAUAAAAUCCGGUAGUCGCUCCGCCAUUGCGAUGAUUGUUGUUGUAGGGUGGGUCGCAAUGUGGUUCAGGAAGACCGAAGCCUCGCAAAUGUGCAAGUUCUGGACACGCAAAGAAGGGUUGACGACGCAUUUUGAAGGUGACUCAGCCAUCCGAGCCGUACUAGUCUAUUUCCACUCUCCAUCAGCUCCCACAUUUCGAUGCAGAAUGGACGCACCGGAUGAUACACUGUCUCGGCAUGCCUCUUUAUCAGGGUCCCAGGAUCUUGGCCAGCAAGCCAGAACAUGUUCGUCAGGUCAUUGGUUUCUCCUUGGGGUCAACAAAAACAAAGUGAUCCAAAAGUGGCUUGGCGCAUGCUACCUUGAACACGAUGCGGAGGCCUGGCACAAGAGCCUGAAAAUUAACUUUCGACUUCCGAUAACUAGAUCGUAAUGAGAUACCAUGCAACAUACUUCGGUUCGCAAAUCGCCUUAUCGAAUACAUUCCCGGAUUGGACCUUGACUCUCAGGCCUGAGAUGAAUAAGUAGCUUUCAA